CUUUCAAAAAAAAAAAAAAAAAAAAAAAAACCCCCCUCUCCCAAAAUCUAGGGUUUCUCUCGCUCUCUUGAGACCCCUUUUCUGGCUGCUCUCGCUCUUCUUCUUCCUCAAUCCCCUCAAUUUCUCAAGCGGACUCUGAUUCUUCUCUCGUCGACGGUGACCAGAUCCCCGAUUCGUCACCCUAGUUCGGUUUAUUUCGCUCUGCAAAAUAUUGUCAUUUGAAGAUGUUUUGGAGAAUUCCCAACUUCUCUGCUUCGUCUCCGAUUGAGUCCAUAUUGGACAAGGAAAACUUCACGCUGGAAGAACUUCUGGAUGAAGAAGAUAUAAUUCAAGAAUGCAAAGCUUUAAACACCCGCCUUAUAAAUUUCCUUAGAGACCGAGCUCAAGUAGAACAAUUGGUGCGAUAUAUUGUGGAAGAUGCUCCUGCAGAUGCUGAAAGCAAGCGAGCCUUCAAGUUCCCUUUCAUUGCUUGUGAAAUUUUCACUUGUGAGAUUGAUGUUAUUUUGAAGACAUUGGUAGAGGACGAAGAGCUGAUGGAUCUGCUAUUCUCCUUUCUUGAACCAAACCAUACACACAAUUCCUUAUUGGCUGGAUACUUUAGCAAGGUGGUUGUAUGCUUAAUGUUAAGGAAGACAACAUCACUUAUGAAGUAUGUUCAGACCCAUGAUAAAAUUUUCCGCCAGUUGGUUGACUUGAUAGGCAUCACAUCGAUCAUGGAGAUUCUGGUUCGACUUGUUGGCGCUGAUGAUCAUUUGUAUCCAAAUUUUAUGGAUGUUAUGCAGUGGUUAUCUGACAGCAAUCUUUUAGAAAUGAUUGUGGAUAAACUAAAUGCAUCUUGUUCACCUGAAGUUCAUGCUAAUGCAGCUGAGGUACUGGGGGCCAUAAUCAGAAACGCACCAUCAGCAUUAGCUGCAAAACUUGCCAGCCCGAGCUUUGUUGCUAGGAUUUUUGGUCAUGCGCUGGAAGAUUCACCAUCUAAAUCUGCUCUUGUUCACUCUCUCUCUGUAUGCAUCUCCUUGUUGGAUCCCAAAAGAUCAGCUUCAGCUGUUCUUGUUCAUUCCUUCAGGAGUCAACAUUUGUAUGAACCAUCUUUUCAUGUUGAUCCUGAGACCAUUACUGCGAUGCUACCAGGGUUGGGUGCACUGAUUACACUGCUGGACGUGUCGUCUGAUGAAAAUAUCCUUCCCACUACUUACGGUGAACUAAGACCACCACUCGGGAAGCAUCGCCUAAAAAUUGUGGAAUUCAUUGCAGUGUUAUUAGGAACCGGUGAGGAAGCUGCUGAGAAGGAGCUUGUUAACUCUGGCUUUAUCCAGAAAAUCCUAGAUCUCUUUUUUGAGUAUCCCUUCAAUAAUUCACUGCACCACCAUGUAGAGAGCAUAAUAACGGCAUGCUUGGAUAGCAAGAAUAAUGCCAUUGUUGAUCAUUUAUUUGAAGACUGCAAUAUAAUUAAUAAGUUUCUACAAGCAGAUAAGGGUUCCGACCUCUCCACCGAUUCAAAUCUGCUGACAAAACCCGCUGCUGGAGGACGGCCACCUCGUGCUGGCUAUGUUGGACACAUAACACGAAUUGCUAACAAGCUCAUUCAAGUGGGUAAUUGCAAUGAUCAUAUUCAAAAGUAUUUACAGGAAAAUGCUGAGUGGAGUGAUUGGCAAACCAAUGUCUUGCAAGAACGCAACACAGUAGAAAAUGUUUAUCGAUGGGCCUGUGGCCGUCCUACUACAAUGCAAGAAAGGAGAGAGAGUGAUGAAGACGAGAUCAACGAUAGAGACUAUGAUGUUGCAGCUUUGGCAAAUAAUCUAAGUCAAGCCUUCAGAUACAACUCUUAUGAUAAUGAUGAUGCCGAUGAGGAUGUAUAUUUUGAUGAUGAGUCUGCCGAAGUUGUGAUCUCUUCUUUGAGACUUGGGGAUGACAACGAGAGUAAUCUAUUUACAAACUCCAAUUGGUUUGCUUUUCAAGAAGAUAGAGUAACUGAAGGACCUCUGAGCACUUCCACCCUGGAUAGGAUGGAAGAUAUCAGCUUGAAUAGUAACAAGGAGGAGGUGACGGUUGUUGAGAACGGGGUAUUUGGAAAUACUGCAGACAGAUCGAGAACUUAUGCGGAUGUGGUAGCCAAUGCCACUUCAAAUGGUGUUAUGAACCAGAUGUCAACAGACCCUCAAAAGGUAAGUGCACUUGAUGAUGAUAUGAGCAUGUUCCGGUUUGAGACAGGAGUGAACGAUGAUCUAUUCAAUGAUCAGCAAUUGCCCGAUUGGGUUGGUUGGCGCGAGCCAUCUGAUAUCCAAGUGGACAGCACAGAUGAUGUUUCAACCACGGAAGAUGUUACUGAAGAAAGCUCUGUCACAGUUAGCAUGGAUCGAGCUGAUACAAACCCAACAAGCACAUCGGAGCCCAGUGAAGCUAAACCUGAGGAACCUGCGCCCUCAUUGUUUGAGGAGGACGCAGAGUUUGUAGGUGUUGAUCUGGAGAGCCCGAAGAAAAGCUCUAAUCCCAAUUCUCAUGAAAUCGAGUUACACGGAGAGGAUAAGCCUGCAAUGAUGGAAUUCAACAAGAACCAUUGGCGAGCGGAGCCAGAGGUGGGUGUUGUUCAGGAAUGAUGAGUUUUGGGGUUCCAUGUAGUUGGUUGUUUUAUUGUUGCAGCGGGUGUACAUGUACUGUAUCAUGUUGUAGUUUAUGAUUUUCUUAGUAUUGCCUGUCUCCCAUUAGGGGGAAAGAACGGUGAUAUGUGAUGUAUAGACGACUAAUAUUUCUGUCCCAGGUUUUUCCCGCCCCGUUAGCAACUUGUUGGUUAUUUAACUGCUCUGGUCUUUACUAAUGUCGGAAGGUUGCAACCUUCAAACUGAUA